UACCCUUGUUUGUUUACAUUCGUUUGUCGCGCAGAAUUUAAUUUUACAAAUUCUUGGUUCCCAAAAAUUUGUAAACUCAACUUUUAUCAUCUUCACUAGCUAUUUCAUCAUGGGUUUGAUAGAGGACGAAACGGACGAAGUGUCAAGAUUGUGCGAGAAUGUUAUCGGUUGCUCCAAACUUAUUACUUGCAUGACAUCACUGAUUCGGGUGGACAUUCAACAAACGGAAUCACGGCAGUUAACCGUUUGCCUGCGAUUUCCGGUUGACUACCCCAAAAACAGGCUGCUAAUAGAGUUCAAAAGUAAAACCAUGUCCGAGACAUUCAUCGAACGUUUUUCAAAGGUGUGCGAUGCGAAAGCUGCCGAAUAUGUCGGCAAACCGCAGGUAAUGAACAUGCUCAAAUUCGUCGAUUCCUACCUCCGAGACAACCCACUCUGUAUAGUAACAGAGGAAAUUUUCAACCUCAAAAAGCUACUCGAAGGAACCAAAGGAGAACUGAAGCUCCGCCAAAAGUCAUCCACCAUUUGCCUCACGGCUCGGGGCGAACCAUUCCAUUUCUCGGCCAAAUUUCAAGUUCCGGAACCAUAUCCGUUGCAACGGAUACAGUGGGAAGAUUGUGACUGCAAUCUGCCGGCAGCCCUAAUGCGAUUCGUUAACGGUCAAGCAAAAGAAAUUGCCCGCCAAUGUGUGGAACCACCCCUAAGGCAACUCAAAUCGGCCCCACCUUUUCAAGCGAAACCAAGUCUGGAAAGGACACUUCGCUUCAUCAUCGAAGUAAUGAAAGGAAUUCCCGCCGAAAAAUGUCCCAUCUGUGGUGAUUUAUCUCUUGCCAAUGAUAUUUUAACAAAUCCUCCAACUGAGGAAGAUGAUCGGUUCGUAAUUCGGAUGUUCUGUGGUCACAUCUACCAUCAGGGAUGUUUGAAACGCUUUAUGAGUGAGCCACCCUUCCCGCCUGGUGGUAAGAUUUGUCCGGCUCUGAAAAAACAUCGUUGGUCCGAUGGGAUACAAAAGAUCGGUGCUGGAACAGCUAAAAGCGAACUGUGUCAGCAACGGGUUACCCACGACAAAUGGGGUCUCAAUGAUGUAAAGUCUGCCGAAGCCAAGUGGGCGCACCAGCAGGCUCGAAUACGAGAACUGGAGGAGGUGAUCGAUUUCAUGCAAUGAAGCGUUUGGAGGAAGAAUCAAGCGGAUACCCCCCUAGUCGCAGGAUUAGACGAAACCCAUAAUCGGCUCUCAUAAUGUGAUGUGUAUAUUUAUUCAAAAAUAAAGUCA